AUGAACACCGUGUCCCGGGCGCUACAACGCCCCAGUCGAUCACUGACAUCGCAACUCCGCCGAUCAACCCGCCAACACCACCACCGAUCUUUCCUGUCCCCGGUCGCCACUUCUCACCAGGCUCUCCGCUCCGCAUCGCCAUCUCUUCUCCGCCAUCCAGCAGCACCUUCGCAAGCGCACCGAACGUUCUCGCACAGCGCAACAGCCAUGGCCGCAGCACCGAAAUUCGCCCGAGGCGUAGAUGGAACACAAUUGCAACCGGAGCUGGACUCGUUACUGGGGCAAGGGUGGACGCUGGAUGAGGAUGGAAUGGGGGUGAAGAAGACAUACUACUUCAAGACGUAUUUCAAGGCGGUGAGCUUCGUCAACGUCGUCGCAUCGCAAAGCGCAACCAAGAAACACCACCCCACCAUCACAGUCCGAAUCGGCUCCGUCGACGUCCACUGGACAACACACCAGCCGCGCGGUCUAACGGACAAAGACCUGACGAUGGCGCAACACUGCGACGAGGCGGCGGAGUUAAUGGGCGCGGUGGAAAAGGAACAAGGGAAGAAAUGCGGUCCUUCUUCGCCGACUCAAUCGUCGUCGGGGGUAUAG